AUGGCGGACUUCGACACAGCCAGCCCUGCCACCAGCAGCUCCUCAGCAACCUCAAGCGAGCCUCGGACUACACUCUCGCGGAGGCAGAGACCGCCGGACAUUGACAUCACGGCCGCCAUGGAGAACAGGAUCCCGCUGCGUGCUACCAAGGAAGCCAGGUCCAGCAAGAGGGAGUCGAGGCUGGGAUUCAGGAGCAUUUUCGCCAGGCACCGAGGGUCGGGUGAAGCUGAUGAGAUCAAGGCGGCUCGGAACGUCGCGAGGGCUGGGAAGCGGGAAUCCAUGACGGCGGACAAGGACGGCUGCCCACCUUAUGCCUUGCGGCCGACAGCAGUGCAAUCAGAGACACACCUCGCGCCGGUGUCAGGUGAUGGGCCAAUUCUCAGACCACGGACGUCAACGAUCAAGUCGCCAACCUUCAUGGCGCCGAGGUCACCUCUCGGGCCAACAACUAAGAGGCGGGGAUCACUUGCCACUUGGGAUCCUGUGCCUCUGUUCCAGGCGUACCCGCAGGCUGUUCGCACCGCAACCUUGCCAGCCUGUGUCCAAGCAGACAGCCUUCUCCGGGCGCACCAAAAGCGAGAAUUGAUCAACAACAGCAACAUAAACCAUCCAGACCUCGGUGACCAGAAGGCCUUGUUCGUGGACAUUGCGCGCAAGAAGCACAGGCGCAACAGCUCAUCUGUCAAGCUUGACUGGACCACCAAGCUUUACGUCCUGGUCACCUCGGGUUACUUGCUUCAGUACAGCGGCGAUGGCACUCAUGACCGCCUACCAGAGAAGGUCAUCCAGCUGUGUAAAGACUCGGCCGCCUUCGCGAGCGACAUCAUCCCUGGAAAGCACUGGGUGCUUCAGGUGUCUUCAGUGUUUGAAGAUGGUGCACUUAUAAGCCAGGACACCAGGUCGCUGUUCGGGAAGUUUGGGAUGCGCGAGAAGGAGAAGCGCCUGGCCUCCGACAUCUUGAUGGUCUUUGAAAACGUCGAUGACAUGGAGGAUUGGAUGUCAUUCUUGCGGAGGGAAAUCGAAUCAUUGGGGGGCAAACGGCCUGUGACAGAGACAGGGGCGCCGAAGGAGCCGGUGGAACACACCCAACUGAAAUCUCAGCCAAGCCAAAGGGCACUGGUGGUGAGAGACCCUUACAGGUUUGUGCCGGCCAUGACCAGCCCAGAGUCGCGAUGGGAUGCCUCGGUAGCCUUUGACGAGCCGGAGCUGCACCUUGACGCGACGCUCACGGAGCUGCUCCCGGAUCGAAGUUUCGAUGACAACUCCACAACCAACAGCUUCGUUUCCCAGGACGGCCGACAACUUGACGGCCUCCGAGACAGCUCCAACCGGUACUCCUUCACAUCCGCAGCUAGGACUAUUGUCACGUCCGACUCCUCGCCGUCCAACUCGCCAAUCCGAGACAGUUUUGGGAGCCUGAUCAGCAACUCUGACGAACCUACCCCACUGGCCGAGGAGACCGAGAUUCGUCGCCGACCCAAUGCCGCGGAGAUCGAGGACCGACGUCAGUCCUACCGCACUUCCAACAUGGUCCAUGAUAUAAGCGCAGGCCAACCACCGCACAAGGCACACUCCUCCCUGUCUUCCAUCCAGGAGCCGCCCAACUUCAGCCUCCCGUACUCGGGAACACGUCGCCGCUCUGCAACGCAAGACUCGGUCCAUGUCCACAAUGCCCACGGCGCAUCAGGGCGGCCACCGCGGAGGAUGAGGCGUCCCCCUCCCUCAGCGCUCGGCCUAUCUAGGCCAUUGUCGAUUGUGGCAGACACGCCCUCCCCUUCGAAAUUGUCGCCACCACCACGAAGCCCUCUCAAGACCGACGACAGCACCGGCAUUUCAGAACGUCCAAAUUCGCCAUCGAUGUUCACGGGCUGGACCGCAGGAAACGCCAAACCCGAGUAUGAUCUCUCGUCACGAGCAUCCAGCCGUGGUUCGAUGAGGACGAGCUACCAAGUGUCGGUACACAACAGCCCGCGCAAGUACGCGAGCAUGCACACGCUCCGCCCUGCCGAUGACUCGGUCUGGGGGGGCGAGACGCCAAAGUUCGACCUACCCAUCCACGCCGCAUUCAGCGGGUCUUCACUGCGCGACAGGGCAGAAGAGGCGGCAGAGAUCCCCAGGAGCAUGUCGUCGAUGGACACGUACGAGACCUCGGGCAGGAGCCGCUCGCCCAUCAUCCGGGCCGCAGCCGCCCAGAAGAGGGCGAGUAUGUGCAGCCUGCCCAGCGCCAAGGCGUCUGCGCGCCACCGCUCGAUUUCGAUGUUCCCCACGACCAGCCGACACCGGGCGACGGCGCAGUCGUCCCACCGCGACGAGCUCACUCCCGGGGGUCGGGCCACGUCGCCGUCGCCACACCGCGGGCCGCGCAGGGGGUCGGCCAUGACGAUCCCUGGGCAUGGGCAGAAGCAGUCCGGGUCGUCCUCGCCGAGGAGCAGCAACAAGCUGAACAACAGGCGCAGCCUCCCGCAGAUGCCGCACGCGCACACGCAGAACUCCCCGCUGCUUCCUCCUCCCGCCCCGCCGCCGACCAAGGCGCUGCCGCCAAUCCCUCAGGCAAGGAAGAGGAGGUCAAUCAGCAUCCCGCCCAGGAUGGGCAUGAGGACUGCUGCGACUCUGGUCGGAGGGGAUAUUUGA